AUGUCUCGAGCGUCGCAAAUCACUCUGGCCACCACUUGCGCCACUGCAGUUGGCAUUGUUGCCUUUGUCCACUGGGCGCAAAAGGCUGACAAAGCAGCCAUGCACAUGGGCGUUGUUCGAGACUUUGAACAGCAACGGAUCAAGCGCGAGCGACAGGCCGACUUUGAAAUGCAGCGAGAACUCGAGCAGCAAUACAGGAAAUACCAGACGGUAUCAGACGCCGGAGGCCCCGAAGAAGCGCAGCAGCAAGGA